UCCAGCUGAAAACUGAUCAAGGCAACACAACUAUUUGCUACAUCAACCAAGAAGUGACGCUCAGGUAGCCGUCUGUUGCAGGCAAGAAAUCAGAUCUCACUAUGUCUGAUGGGGAAUAUGAUUACCUCAUCAAAUUCCUAGCCCUUGGUGAUUCCGGGGUUGGAAAAACCAGCUUUCUUUACCAGUACACAGAUGGAAAAUUCAACUCCAAAUUCAUCACCACAGUGGGGAUCGACUUCAGAGAAAAAAGAGUGGUGUACAAAUCCAGUGGCCCUGAUGGUACUGGAGGCAGAGGGCAGAGAAUCCAUCUUCAGCUGUGGGACACAGCUGGGCAGGAGAGGUUUAGAAGUUUGACGACGGCAUUCUUUAGGGAUGCCAUGGGUUUCCUCCUUUUGUUUGACCUGACAAAUGAACAGAGCUUCCUCAACGUCAGAAACUGGAUGAGUCAGUUGCAGAUGCAUGCAUACUGUGAGAACCCAGACAUUGUGCUUUGUGGCAAUAAGUGUGACCUCGGGGAUCAGAGAGCCGUCAAUGAGGAAGAGGCCAGAGAGCUGGCUGAGAAAUAUGGGAUCCCGUAUUUUGAGACCAGUGCAGCCAAUGGGGAAAACGUAAGUCAUGCUGUAGAAGUUCUACUGGACCUCAUUAUGAAGCGAAUGGAGCGCUGCGUGGACAAAUCCUGGAUCCCGGACGGUACCGUGCGGUCCAACGGCCACAGCACCGCCGACUUGAUGGAGACUCAGAACCAGGACAAAGGCAAAUGCGCCUGCUAACUUCUUCGUGGCAACGAAAGUCGUAUUUGUUUGUUGUCGUUGUUCAUGUUUUUCUUUUGAUCACUGGAUUGGAUGGGGACUGAGUGCAGUGGGGUUUAGGAAACAGUCA